AUGGCCUCGCCGACGAACGACCCCUCCGAUGUUGUCGAUCACUACGCUAUCCUCGAACUCACUCCCAAGGCCACCACCGACGAGAUUAGGGCUGCGUAUCGCCGUCUGCGAGGUGUGUACUUUGCCAACGACGCGAAGAAGUACCGUGCGCUACAGACUGGCUUCGAUUGCCUCAUGGACCCAAAUACUCGCCAAGUCUACGAUGCUAGCUACCAGCCAGCUGCGGCAACGCCGGAUUCGCUAUCUAGUAUCGGUGAGGUCCUGGAUCAGGGAAAACACUGGCGCAAGGAUAGUGCUCAUGGCGACGACGCUAUCGCCGAGGAGGAAGAGGAAGAGGAGGAGCAGGACCUACGGACUGACGAUCCGAAUUGGGCUCUUAAACGAUUCCAAUGUGAGGGCCAUGAGAUUAUGCUGGGCACGGAGCCGUAUCAGUCCUGGAUCCCUCUGCCCACAUGCUCACUGCGGGCAUGUAGAGGACCGAAGUAUCUCGGCAAUUUCGCAGUGAACGCAUAUCCGACCGCGAACUAG